AUGUCCAAGGCAACCUUCGCUAUCAUCGCAGCUGCCGGUGCUGCCACUGGUGCUGGCGUCACUGCGCUCGUUUAUUCAGCAAAGGCCUCGCGUCAGCAGUCGCCAAUACAGGCGAGUUUACCAGCGCCGACCAAACCUGCAGUUCCCGCCGCAUCACCUGCGAUUGUUCCUCACCCACCUACUCCGCAAAUCCCAACCCGAUUCCCAUCCCCAGUCGACCCAGCCGGCCUCUUCCAGUAUGGAUUUCCCGGCCCAAUUGCAGACAAUGUGAACAGUCUCCCUCUCGCAAGCGCAUACGAUCGACGCACACGCAACCCAUCCUGGGUUGCGGAGCACAUCACACCCGAAUCCCUUAAACUGAACAACGCCGAUCGUAAAAACAGCACCUUCUACGAAGAUCAGAGUAUUCCGUCCGCGUUUCGUGCUAAACUGAGCGAUUACUUCCGCUCAGGAUAUGACCGUGGACAUCAGGUGCCCGCCGCAGAUGCGAAAUGGAGCCAGGAUGCCAUGGAUGCGACCUUUGCGCUGAGCAACAUGUGCCCCCAGGUAGGAGAGGGGUUCAACCGCGAUUACUGGGCACAUUUUGAGGACUUUUGUCGUAGGCUGACGACAAAAUAUCCUUCUGUUCGUAUCGUCACGGGUCCACUGUAUCUGCCGAAAAAAGAUCCUGCGGAUGGGAAGUGGAGGGUUUCCUAUGAAGUUAUUGGGAACCCGCCGAACGUUGCCGUUCCCACACACUUUUACAAGGUUAUCUUUGCGGAGGACGGUAAAGCGGGAGGAAAAGUUAGUUUAGGCGCAUUUGUGCUGCCGAACGCUCGGAUUCCAAAUGAAAAGAGUCUGUCGGAUUUUGAGGUGCCAUUGGAGGCCGUGGAACGUGCUAGUGGUUUGGAAUUUACCUCAAAACUUGCACCGGACCGAAAGAAGAGACUGUGCCAGGAGAUAAAGUGUGAAAUAACCGUGAGAGAAUUUGCCAAGGCAAGCAAUAGAAAGGCGCUUCCGUCGUGA